UUCCUUUAACGUUUAAUGAAUUGUGUUACGCUCGCAAGUUAAUUAUUGUAUGACUAAGACUGUUAGAGAGAGAUAUGAGAUGUCAGACUUUAAUAUCAGAUGAUCUAAAGAUAACGCAUAUCAAAAGGUAUGACAUUGUGGACGGAGAGUUUUUGCGUUUACGAUAUCUUCUUAUAUCUCAUACGACUAUUGUCUUCGGCCUGCGUCGCAAAUUUGUGGCAGCAUAAUACACCAUAAUAGUUUCCACUUUUAAAGGUAUUGUGAUUUGCUCAACUAAACUUCGAUCUGGCACAUCUGUACUUUUUUGUCUAAAGUAAGCACGGAUGAUGAUAGUUGGCUUAAAAAUUUUAUAUUAAGUUUGAUAUUAAAUUUUGGAAGAAAAUGGGUCUGAAAUGGUUUCGGGCAAGUCUAUCGAUGGAGAAAGAAGCGUCUAAAGUUCCAGCAAUGACGGGCUUAUAUCGGAGAAUUUCAUUCGAGCCGGCAAUUCAAAAAAAUGUGGAAGUUUCAUUGACAACUGCGCCUCUCUUAAUCGUAAGUGAUUCAACGUCAAGUGGCGAUAACGAAACAGUGAAAAAUGAUCGCUCAAGAGCAGAUCUUACAAAUCAAACAUCAUCGUCAAUUAUUGAUUCGGAAAAAAUCACAGUAAAAGACAUUGACAACAAAUCACAGAUAAAUAAUCAUUCGGUUGAAAAUACAGAGUCUUCUACUUUCACCAAAGAUUCAAAUGUAAAAGAGGAAUCGGCACGUGGCGAGGAAUUACAUAAGAUAACUAAAGAUCAGAAUAUGUCAGAUACAAAAAGUCCUAUCUAUUCAGAUAACGAGCUAGUGAUCUAAUAAGGGGAAAAUGUUAAAUAAUGCAUGCAUAUACAAACGUUUAGCAUGAAAAAGGGAUACUCUUGUCUCGA